AUGGCUCAUGAGUACCAACGUCUCACAAACCUACAACGAGACUCGACUAUAGUUCAGAAUGGUAGUUCAAGCCGAUCUGAAAUUCAUUUGGUACAGCAGCCACCUAAUCAUUAUAAGUCUGCCCAUGCUACACCCAGUUCACCCCGCUCCAAUUCGGCCCAAAAACCCAAAAUGAAUCCACCUUCUGCUUGCUGGCACUGCGGUUCAUGGCACUAUGUACGGAACUGCCCAUUUAGGCAGCAUAGAUGCAGGAAGUGUAAAGUCAUCGGUCAUAAAGAUGGCUUUUGCCUACAGAAAAAGCCAAAGCGAUCCAGAAGUGCUAAGAAGCCUGUUCCUAGAUCCAGUACCAAUGCAUUGAGCCUAAUAUCUUCCUGCCAAAGUUCAUCACCAGGUGAGAGGAGAUUUAUUACUCUUAAUAUUAACGGUUAUUUGUGUAGAAUGCAAAUAGAUACUGCAUCUGAUGUCACUAUCCUCUCACGCAAAAAUUGGACCAAGUUGGGCAGCCCAAGCCUGCAGCACACAACACAAAAGCCUCGCACAGCAUGUGGUAAUUAUCUUCGUCUGUUAGGACAAUUGGAAUGUAAAGUUGCUUUCCGGGAUUCGUCGUUUACUGGGAUUGGUUCGACCAGCUAA